CACAACACCGAUUGAAUUAAAGUCAAGAUGGCGACCGAGGGCGAAUACGAGUCGAUCCUGUGUGUGAAACCUGACGUCAACGUUUACCGAAUCCCGCCGCGGGCAUCGAACCGGGGAGUCAGGGCUGCGGAUUGGAAGCUGGACGCCCCUGAUUGGACAGGCCGCAUGAGAGUGACGGCUCGGGGAAAAGUGGCUUUCAUCAAACUGGAGGACAAGAUCUCUGGGGAGCUGUUUGCACAGGCACCAGUGGACGAGUACCCUGGCAUCGCCAUAGAAACCGUCAGUGACUCCAGUCGUUACUUUGUGCUUCGGAUCCAGGAUGAGAGUGGUCGCAGUGCGUUCAUAGGCAUCGGGUUCGGGGACAGAGGAGACUCGUUUGACUUCAACGUGGCGCUGCAGGACCACUUUAAGUGGGUGAAACAGGAGCUUGAGAUCAGUAAGCAGUCUCAGACUCCAGACAACACUCCUAAACUGGACCUGGGUUUCAAAGAAGGACAGACCAUCACUCUCAAUAUCGGGCAAGGCAGAAAGAGAGACAAGUCCCGCCCCCAGAGCGCUGGUGGCUUUGGGCUCCUCCCUCCUCCCCCUGGUGGUGGUGGUGCCAAGAUAGCCCCUCCCCCUAUGUCAAGCUCCUCCAAUGACAACGAAGGUUUAUUCUCAGGGGGAGACUUAUUUUCUACGGGAAGUGACUCGUUUUCAGGGGGUAGUGACACAUUUUCAGGAGGAAACAACACAUUCUCAGCAGGAAGUGACAUGUUCUCAGGGGGAAGUAACACAGGCUGUUUGUUAGACCUGGACAGCAGUAACUCCAACUCUGUGGUGCAGCCGAACCCCAACCCUACAGGCGGCUCGGACAUGUGGGGAGACUUCUCUGCCCCAGAAAAGUCAAUGUCUCCUCUCGCCAACGAUGAUGGUUCCACCAACUGGCAGCAGUUCUGAGGCCCUCCCACAAUCCCUUUCACUUGACCUUCACCUGACCUUUAACCCCUGACCAGAGGAGGACUCCAGCAGAACACUGUAUAUUAUCACCUCAACCUCAGUGUACUCUCUCUCUCUCUUCCCCCUCUCUUUAAUUUUCUCUCUCUCACCCCUCCCCCACUCUCUUCACCCCUCUCCUGGCUUCCUCUCCUUACCAUCCUCUCCUUCUACAUCUUUCCCUCUCAGCCCCAAAGUUACACUCUCUUCCCCCGUCCCCCUCUCCUUGCCCUUCUCUCCCUCUGUCUCUCUAUCUAUUGCAACAGAGUAUGUAUUUAUUGCUGAGAGAAAAGACUGAGGUUAAAUGUCUCUAAAUGAAAGAUGUUACAGAAAGGAAUGAUGGGGGCUCACACUAAUAUAGUCUUGAUAAAUAAAUACAUUAAUUCAUUUA